CAUAGCUUAUGCGGUAUCACAUGGUAUUGUCUUCUAACCACUCGACUAGGGGCAAGAAAAUUCAUAUCCUUCAUGUUGUGUGUAUUGAUGGACAUCAUAGGCAAUGACCAUGAGGGACCAUUUAAAUAAGCAAUUAAUGGAUUGAACCAGCUGUUCUUAAUAUAUAUUUCACUCGACCGAUUCUCUCAAGCGUGCUGUUCAUCAAAGGGUCAAUCUGGCAUGUAUAUGCUGGCAUUAAGAAUCCAUUUCAAAUCUUUUGCUAUACUUUAAUUUGCUUAUAUAUGUGGCUGUGGGGUAUUCUAGCAUUCUAACAGGUAGACAAAAUAUGAAAGUUAUGAAUACACUUGACUGAUAAAUACUAAUUAAUUAGAAGGCAAGACCACAUGACCCUUUAUGAUCUAUGUCCUUAAUCGAUUAGAGAGAAUGAUUUUAGGCCACUUCCUCUAUAUGUUCGAGGACUGUCUAUUCACAUACUUCAUCUAUAUAUAGCUAUACAUUGAAGCCACAAGUCACAGCAAACAUAUAUCAGCAUAUUCACUAGCAAUACCCAGAAAACAAUCUUCUUUUUCUUGAUUCUUUCCCACCAAUGGCUAGGCAUCUGUCUUCUGUUCUGGCUAAACAAAUUCUGCGCCGGUCUUCAAAUAAAGCAUCCUCAAGUUCUUCACAUGUACCGAAAGGUUUCUUAGCAGUUUAUAUUGGAGAGACAGAGAAGAAGCGAUAUUUGGUUCCAAUAUCCUAUCUAAAUGAGCCUUCAUUUCAAGAUUUGCUAAGCAAGGCAGAAGAGGAAUAUAGUUUUGAUUAUCCGAUGGGCGGUUUGACAAUCCCCUGCAGAGAAGAUACUUUUCUUGAUGUAACUUCUAGCUUGACUAGAUUAUAGGAGAAUUCAAAUUAGUCUCAUCGCAGAAAACAAUUUUGUAUAGAAUAAAUGGACAAGUCAAUGUAGAUACUUUCUUUUUUUAAUAGAAUGAGAGAGAUCAUUAUAUAA